CACCCUGGGACAGAGCCCAGCUCCUGAGGUCCUUACCAUGGUGAUGAUCCUAAGGAAAAGCCUCGACAGCCAGGGCGCCGACUCCGUAGCGUGCAGGACCUUCAACUCUGAGCUGCACACGCCAAAGAAGAUGAGUCACGGACCGACACUUUUCUCUUGUGGAGUUAUGGAAAAUGACAGAUGGCGAGACCUGGACAGGAAAUGCCCUCUCCAGCUUGACCAGCCGAGCGCCAGCAUCUGGGAGUGCCUGCCUGAGAAGUGUCCGGACGGCACCCUGUGGCACCGGGAGGCAGCGACCGCCUGCGCGGUGACCAACCUGAUCAAAGACCUCAGCCUCAGUGACCACAACGGGAACCCCUCAGCACCCCCCAGCAAGCGCCAGUGCCGGUCGCUGUCGUUCUCUGACGAAAUGUCCAGCUGCCGGACAUCAUGGAGGCCCCUGGGGUCCAAAGUCUGGACUCCCGUGGAGAAGAGACGCUGCUACAGCGGCGGCAGCGUGCCCCGCUACUCCAGCGGCCUCGGCGCCAUGCAGAGGAGCUCCAGCUUCAGCCUCCCUUCCCGGGCCGACGUGCUCGCCUCGCCUUGCGACCCGGUGGGGCUUCACCGCCGAUUUGGCGGCCAGCCCGGCCAGGGGGCACCCAGCUCAGCCACCUGCGGACAGGCUGGCGACAUCUGGAGCCCGGACCUGAACCCCGUGGGCGGGGCGCGGCUGGACAUGCAGCGGUCGCUCUCCUGCUCGCACGAGCGGUUCUCCUUUGCGGAGCACUGCGCGCCCUCUGCCAGCAGCACCCCCGCCUCCACGCCGGAGCUGGCCCGACGCCCCAGCGGGCUGUCGCGCAGCCGCUCCCAGCCUUGCGUCCUCAAUGACAAGAAGGUCGGCGUCAAACGGCGGCGCCCCGAGGAGGUGCAGGAGCAGAGGCCCUCCCUAGACCUGGCCAAGAUGGCACAGAACUGUCAGACCUUCAGCAGCCUCAGCUGCCUGAGCUCCGGGAUGGAGGACGGCAGCCCGCACGGCCCCUUCGCUCUUCCCAUCGGCAGCACCAGGUCCUGGACCGCCUUGCUCUCGGCCUCAGCCUCUGGCCCCGGGGGCAGGACCCCUGCCGGGACCCCGGUCCCCGAGCCUCUACCCCCGUCCUUCGACGACCACCUCGCCUGCAAGGAGGAGCUGAGCUGUGAGGAGACGGACGGCUGCACCCUAGACGAGGGCUGUGGCCAGCGUGGGGAGCCAGCCCUGGCCUGGCGGGACCGGGGGGCUGCUGAGAGCAGCCCCUGCUCCCUGGACGGCGAGUUGGAUAUUGAACAGAUAGAGAAUAACUGAGGGGCCACGGCCCCCGGUCAGGGGUGGGGUGCGUGAGGAUCCGCAGCACCCCUCUGGGCACUAGGGGGGCACCUGAAGGGGGGUGCCCCCCUCCUGGGCCUGACAAAAGCUUCCUGGAAGCCGUCGGGCCCUGGGGAGCGAGCCCACCCACCUGCCGGAGAGGCCAUCCGGCCCGCUGAGGCCCUGGCCGUGCCACACAGUGGAAUGGAGCGCCCCGGCCCCUCACCGGCACGGCUGCCCCGGUCCAUGGAACUGCUGUAGCCGCCGGAGCAGCUUCUUGGUGUCGGUCUCUCCCUCUCCUCCUCGUGGGACGUCAGCCACAAGCAUCCCAGGCCCCCCUACUGGGUGGCCUCCCGGCCCCACGCGGCACGCUGGCCCCGGCUGGGGGUCCCGACCCUGCGUGGCCGGUCGGGGGGCACAGGUCCAUCUGGGGGUGCCAAGGCCCUUCUCGGCCUCCUGCUCAGGUUCCGUUUGGGGAGUCGGCCCCGCAGUUUCUUUCACUCAGUUUUACUCUGUGCCUUUUCUCCCAGGUCUCCCUGCUUCAGGCUUGGGAAGGUUCGGGAGACGCUUCCUCCUGUAGUAACACCAGAACCAUUUGGCCUUAAUUCCAAGUGUGAGAGAAAGAGCCCCAGAGGUGCCGGGGUGGCCCUCCACGUGGGAACCCCGGGGGCCCAGGGGACAGCUUGGGGCGCUCGCUAGAGGCCAUCUGCGUCCGACACUGGCGGCUCUGUUGGCUGAAGAGACAGACCCGCUCGCCUCUCCCGUGUGAGGAG